UGGCAGACCGGUUCCAUCAGUCGAAAUGCAGUCUACAGUCGAAAUGCAGUCUGCUGAAGCUGUGUGUUUGGACUGUUGUGUCUGUGGAAGGGAAUCAAAAGAGAUGCGAUUAAUUGGAUCGAAAAGAACUGUAAAUUUGAGUGAAUUGUUAGCAAAAUACGGUGGCAUUUCUAAGCAACAGGGAAAGAUUUGUCGAAACUGUUUCACCAAACUAAAAACUGUCCAUAAAAAUGCUUCGAAGAUCCGGCAACAGUGCUUGAACACACAAGCAAAGACAAAACAAUGCCAUCAAGCGUUGCAAGCAUUAUUGACCAAUGUAAAUGAAAACUCCAUAAAGGAUGGUAAAGAAAUAUAUGUUCAAGUCCAAGCUAAAGAACUGGCAAUAUUUAAAGAAGAGAAUCUAAUGCCUGAAGAACUAAUCUAUAAGCCAGUUACUAUUGAUAUGAAAGGAAAAAUAAAAUAUUUGGAGAUGGAAGUUCGACAGUUGAAAUCUGACCUCCAGUACAUAAGGGAACUUCAUAAAACCAACAUACGCAUAAUGACCAAUUCCUGUGCUGAGAGCAUACAAAAAAUUAUGAAUAAAGUGUCAAGAAUAACAGCAAAUGAGGUGCAACAUGAAGAUAUUUUGGAUGAUACAGAAAUAUCUAUCAAUAAACCAUUCUCAUCUAGAAUAAAAGGCUGCUCUUCAAAUGCUAUGGAUCACCUAUACUGUAAAGACAUUAGUAUAAAAGUAGAGCCAGAAUCUGACAUUGAUGAUGCUACAGAACUUCCCGAUACUGAUUACAUUGAUCAAUAUCAAAACUCACCUGUCACAUUGAACACCAUUAAAACAGAACAACAGUUGCCUUCCUUAGGUCUCGAUAUCAGUAAUAUAAGAAGUUUCUCAGGAGAAAUGAGCGAUGAUGUUAUAGAAUGCAGUAAAAUUAUGACUCCUCAGAGCAAAAGCAUUAAGCGAAAAAGAACAAGCGCACAUGAAGAAAAUGAGAAGAACAAGGAAGUAAAGAGUUUGAAGUUAGAUAGCAUUGACCAUCAGAACAUAAUUGAGGAAAAACCAUCAAUGGUCAGUCUGGACACUAGUGUCACCAAACCUUUUGUUGUAGUAGGAGAACAUUAUAAACAGAUAACUCAAAACACAACACAGCAGUUACAAAACAUUUUGAAUUUGAGUCAUUUGAAUAUGAAAAAAGAAAACAUAGCAAUAAACAAGAUAAAUGAAAAUAUGAUGACACACAAACCUAUUAUAUUUCCUGUUAUCAUUCAAAAAGCCCUUCCUGCAGGUUCACAUAUUUUAAGAAAUGAGUUGUUAAAAAAGGAUGUCAUCAUUGGUGGUUCUCCAUUGAAAACUGAAAAUAUGAGUAUGAAAAACCAAGUUGUAUUUAAUGUUAACAGCAGUCGAAAUAAAGAACAAACAGAAAAAGAUAGCUAUUCAGCUUCAUUUCAAGUUAAAUACCACAAGAUUUGUCCAAAACCCAGUAAAGAUGUUGAUGUUUCCAAACUACCAGAAUGUGGUAAUGAUGGAAUGGAAGUCAAAGCAGAGGAAACAAAAAAAUAUUAUCCAAGACCACAGCUACCUAUACCCAACAAAUCACAAAUCUGCUAUGUAUGUGGAAAAUUUAUAGAGAAAAGAGAUUCAAUGACGUCUCACCUCAAAACCCAUAGUGAGAAAAUGUUUAAAUGUAAUAUUUGUGACAGAGCCUUUGUUAGAAAGAAUCACAUGCUGGAACAUCUAAAUACUCAUUCAAGAGAAAAACCUUAUGUAUGCCAUUUGUGUGGUAAAGAAAUACGAUUUGAAUCAUCAUUUAUUAAGCAUAUGAAAAUUCAUAAGGGGGACAAAAGACAUUCUUGUGAUGAUUGUGGAAAACGCUUUAUGGACAAAAGUUUAUUGUUAAAUCACAGGCGAAAAUGGCAUGAAUCAAACAAUGUCAAUCGAAGAUACAAAAAACAAAGAACUUUUACAUGUAAAACCUCUGGCUGUGGUAAAAAAUAUCUAGACAUUUGUGAGUUGAGGAAACACCAACUGGAACAUCCUUCUGAGAAACUUGAAACUGAACCUAAUGUAUGCCCAGACUGUAAUGAAAUAUUUGACAAUGAAGAAGCUUGUAAGAAACAUAUCCCUGUUCAUCUUGAAAAUCUUCCCUAUGGCUGUGGAACAUGUGGGAAAUCAUUUUCUAAAACUGUUCAUCUUCAGACUCACAUGGCAGUUCAUACCAAAAAAAGUAGAUUUCGUUGUUCAACAUGUAGUUUGGUUUUCUUCUCUGGAAAAUCUUUUACUGAACAUGUCAAAACUCAUACAGAUACUGAAAACAUGUGUAAUGAUUGUGGCCAGUCAUUUCCUGAUGUUAGAACUCUAGAGGAUCAUAUACCUGAACAUAGUCGUGAAGAUUUAUUGUAUGGAUGUGGAUUUUGUGAUAAAGGCUUCAGUAAACCAUCACAUCUGAAAUAUCACAUGAAAAAGCAUGAAUUUGAUGAAAGAAUGUAGGAAUUUUGACACCAAACAAUGAAAGGUUAAUUUGUGUUAGUUUCUUUUAAAAGUUAAUAGAAAGAAUUUGUUCAAUUA